GAAAUAAUGUGGAAACGACGUUUAGAAUUUGUGUCCAGUAUGGGCCUUGCCGAAGUAUGUUUUGGGGUUCACGCACGACGGUGUUACAAGUGGGGCAGUGCGUUUUGUAAUGUUUGGAGACCAAAAUGUAGUGAGAGUUAUGUAUUGAGUGGAUGGGGCUUUCAAAAUAAUGCCAAAUAUCAUAGCUUAUUUCGUCAUGAUCCUGUGCCUUUCGGAAGCAUCCGAAAGCUUGUCGACCAGUUCCAAAGAAACACUGUGUCGGAGACACCGAAGGAACAGACCAUGAGCUGGGGAUACGACAAAAAUGACGGACCUGACACCUGGUGCAAUAGCUACCCAAUAGCUAAGGGUGACCGCCAGUCCCCUAUCGACAUCCCUACAAAGUCAUGUCAAUUAGACAACCAGCUCUGCUCCAAACCCUUCCAAGUGAACUACGCCACAGAGAAAAACGCUGAGGUUUCCAAUACCGGAAGUUCCAUCAAAUUCCAAAUCAAGGAAACCUCAGUUUUGAGGGGUGGUCCUUUGGAAGGUGAGUGGCGUCUAGAACAAUUUCAUCUCCAUUGGGGCUCUAGCAAUGACCAUGGAUCGGAACACACCAUUGACGGCAAGACGUAUGCCGCAGAGCUUCACUUGGUCCACUGGAACGCUAACAAGUACUCCAGUUUUGGUGAGGCCGCCGACAAAGCUGACGGACUAGCCGUCAUCGGCUUCAUGGUUAACGUAGGAAAGGAGCACGGAGGAUUCAAAACCUUAACCGAUGUCUGCAAGAAAAUCCAGGAGCCGAAUGCAACAGUCCGUCUAGACAAAGAUUUUAAUCCAUCCUGCAUGCUCGGAAAGCUUGACCACUACUGGACGUACCCCGGAUCUCUAACCACGCCCCCUUUGUUUGAAAGUGUCACAUGGAUACUCUGCAGUGACGUCAUAGAAAUCUCGCAAGCACAGAUGGAUGCCCUUAGAUCAUUAAAGUUCAAGAACGGAAAAUGUAUGGUUGACAACUACCGUCCCCCAGUCCCACUGUGUGGACGCUGUGUCAAGGCCUCCAAGUAAACGGCAGCCAUAUUUGUCAUAUACCCAUAGUUGAUAGCGGUCUACAUCCAUUUCCAAAUCCUAGUUUUUUUUUUGUUUUUUUUUAAUUUAAUGACUCUAGUUUUUAUGACUUGGGGAACACUCAACUGUUCCUAACUAUUGUGCUUUAUUAUUCUCCUUAUUUUAAGCCAAACUAGCCAACGAAUGGUCAGAUAUUCAUGGUAAGGAGCUUUUUAUAACAUGAGAGAGAUUUGUUAUUUAUUUUAAUGUAUUUUUUGUAAAAGAAAAAGGCUUUAAAAUACGCCUAUGCCAUUCAUUUUAAAUGUAAUGUCAUUGUGAAUAAUGCUGGUCAUUAUUUUUACAUUAUUGAUAUAUUUAUUGUACUAUAGGUUAAAUAUGAAUUGAUUUAUACAAAUUCCCAGUUCUGCGAAGACAACAAUGAAUUCUAUUUUUUACAAAAUUCCCUUUGAUUCUCUCCUAUUUUCUGACCUUUUGUUCUGUAGAACCAGUCAGAUGUUAAGCAAUAUCAUACAACAUGGAUUCCAUUCCAUAGCUUCACUAUACAACAAAACUUACUUGAUAAUGUUUCAUUUAUAUUUAACCAUUUUAUCAAAGUCACGAAUGUUUCAGUAUCCUUAUAGUAUUAUAGUGAUCUAGAAAACCAGACUUUUACAAGUGUUUUAUCAAUAUCGUUUUUAUUGUAAAGUUGAAGUUUUAUCGUUUUUUUUUUUUUUCAUGUGUCCUCGAAACUCGUCUAUGUGAGACCUACUUUUAUGUUGAGUAUUUGGUGUAAAUCUCCUUUUAGUGGCAAUCUUUGCACGUAGAAAUAUUUAAUCUAGCGCCUUUGUUCCCUGAGAAUGUAUUUUAUUGUAGUGCUAUUUGGUGCCGACUUCCCUUAUGUGGACAGUCUGGUAAUGAACACGUGUUUGUUUUACAGAAAUCAAAAGUUUGACCGAAAAUCAAAGCUUCGGUUAUAAAUGAUCACAAAUUUAAUGUAUUUAUGAAAUUUUUAUGCAAUUUAUGUGACAAUAUUUCUGUUGUUGACAAUCUUUUUAGCCAUGGCAAUAAAAUGAUGUGUGACUCUU